CGCAGGAGGCGCGCAACAGCAUCAGCAUCAGCAGAUCAGUCUAUUUGAAGCCACCGGUUGAGAUCAUUCAACUCUCUCUCUCUCUCACUCUCACACAAACACACACUGGGAUACAAAUCGACGACUUCCAUUUCUCCAGAAACAAAAGAUGGAGAUGUUUUUCCCCCCCAAAAGCGACGGAAGCUUCGGGUGAGUGGAAGCUUUGAUGCUGCGCACUGAGCCCCAAACCCAAGAACUGUUCUCAUUCGGACUGAGGGUGUGUGCGCGCGCGGCUCAGGUUCGCCUUCACCUCCGGACUGCACUUCGCCAACUGUCCUCUCCCCCCCGCUUUCCAUCAAAGUCAUGUCUGAUACAGAGCGAUGGGUAAGUUUGACGACAACGAGAGGAUAAUCCUCAACGUCGGGGGAACCAGGCACGAAACCUACAAGAGCACGCUGAAGACUCUGCCGGGGACGCGACUGGCGCUGCUCGCCUCCGACUCGGACAUCGACUCGGUGCUGGAUCAGCUGCAACAAGUCCCCGGCUUCAUUGAGUACAACGCGCGCACCAACGAGUACUUCUUCGACCGCCACCCAGGCGUGUUUGCCUACGUGCUCAACUACUACCGCACCGGGAAACUGCACUGCCCCGCGGAUGUGUGCGGACCGCUCUUCGAGGAGGAGCUCUCCUUCUGGGGGAUCGAUGAGACGGACGUGGAGCCGUGCUGCUGGAUGACGUACCGGCAGCACCGGGACGCGGAGGAGGCUCUGGACGUGUUCGAGCUCAACGUGGACAACGGCGACGAUGAGGACGAGAUUGGGAAGAGACUUGGGAUCGAGGACGUGGCCGCAGACGGGACUGUCAGCACGUGGAGGAAGUGGCAGCCGGUGAUCUGGAACCUGUUCGAGGAUCCUUACUCCUCCAGGGCGGCGCGGUUUAUUGCCUUUGCAUCUUUGUUCUUCAUCCUGGUCUCCAUCACCACCUUCUGCCUGGAGACCCAUGAAGCUUUCAACACCAUCAUCAACAAGACUGAUCUGAUGCGGGAAAGCGGCGUGGCAUACUCGGGUCCCCAGUAUGAGAUUGAAACUGACCCUGCUCUCACCUAUGUGGAGGGUGUGUGCGUCUUCUGGUUCACCAUCGAGUUCCUGGUGCGUGUGACCUUUUGCCCGGUCAAGCUGGAGUUUUUUAAGAGUGUGCUCAACAUCAUUGACUUCGUGGCUAUCCUGCCAUUCUACUUGGAGGUAGGACUGAGUGGCCUUUCUUCAAAGGCUGCCAAGGAUGUGCUGGGUUUCCUCAGGGUGGUGCGCUUUGUUCGUAUCCUGCGUAUCUUCAAGCUAACCCGCCAUUUUGUGGGGCUAAGGGUGUUGGGCCACACAUUACGCGCUAGCACCAAUGAAUUCUUGCUGCUCAUCAUCUUCCUGGCAUUGGGAGUGUUAAUUUUUGCCACCAUGAUUUACUAUGCCGAAAGGAUCGGCGCCAAGCCCAACGACCCCACUGCCACCCUCCACACCAAGUUCAAGAACAUCCCCAUUGGCUUCUGGUGGGCUGUGGUGACCAUGACGACACUGGGAUAUGGUGACAUGUAUCCAGAGACCUGGUCAGGCAUGGUGGUGGGUGCAUUAUGUGCUUUAGCUGGAGUACUGACGAUAGCCAUGCCAGUGCCGGUUAUCGUCAAUAACUUUGGGAUGUACUACUCCCUGGCCAUGGCCAAGCAGAAGCUGCCUAAAAAGAGGAAGAAACACAUCCCCCAGGUUGUGCAGGGAGGGUCCCCCUCCUACUGUAAAGCUGAUCUCCACACCACCUGCAACAGCACUCAAGGUGACCUGUGCCACGUCAAAGGGAGCAGGGUACUAGAACGCAACCGCUCAGUUCUGUCAGCAGACUGCAGUGGUGGCAGUGACCUGACCAUGUCUCCAGAGGAGAGGGUCCCCAUGCAAAGGUCCAGCACCAGGGAACAGGACCAUCGAAACAGGGGCACAUGCUUCCUGCUCGCUGCCAGUGACUACACUUGCCCUGCAGACGGAGGGAUACGGAAAACAGGCUAUGAGAAAUCCCGGAGCUUAAACAACAUAGCGGGCAUGACUGGCAUGGCUGGUAACACCCUGAGGUUGUCUCCUGUGACCUCGCCAUACGGAUCACCCUGCCCGCUGCGGCGCUCUCGCUCCCCCAUCCCCUCCAUCCUGUGAGAUGUCCAGCCUUCAGCCUCUGUAGCCUCAACCACCCCACGCUACGUCCCAACCCCAAAACCGACAACCUCACCUUUGCUGUUCUAUCUGAACUCUUCUAGAUAUUGUGGAUAGUGGAUAAGUACUUCACCCUGUAGCUAAGACAGUUAAUGUUAGUGGCUUGGGCAAUCUGAGCAACUCCUCACUUCCCCUCGUCCUUGAAGGUACAUGUGCUUAGCUAGCAUUCUUAUGCUGUGUUUCCGUCAUGGUACGGAAAGGUUUCGUUUGGUACAGUACGGUACGGUUUGGAAUGGAAAAGCCCAGGGUCAGGCUUGCUUUUCCACUGAGAACAAUGCCUUUACGCAGUAGGCAGGGUGUGGGCUGUGCCCGAUGGCCGUGUAGUGUGAGGUCAUACCAGUGUGACUUUGAACACGACACAAUAGAGGACAAUAAUAGAGGACAUCCAGCAGCUCAGUUUGUGGCUGUUUGUCUCAACAAGACAUCAAGCUUUGUAUGAGAAUAGACUGCGGGCGAAAAACUGGUGGAACCCUGACUGUACAAAAAAAUACAUACCAUACUGUACCAAAUCGAACCAUUCCACUCAGUGGAAACAUGGCUUUUGAAGUUAGGUCCCUUUUAGAUAUUGAGACUUCAUACUUGCAAUAAAAGAGCUUUUGACUGGUGGCUUCAGAAGUAGCAGCCAUAACAUUUAAUAAUCAGGGAUAUUAGAUGUUGCUAUAUUUAGAUACCAUUAAAAAAGGAUGUGCUUCCAAGAAAAAAAAAGUCAAGAGAGAGAUGUCACUUAAUUUAAACCUCUUACAACUGUGACUUUGUUUUGCUACGUUAUGUAAUGUGAUGGAGAGCAGAGGGGAUGGCUUUCAGGAUGGAUGAUUUGUCUGUCAGGAAUUGUUUUUGACUCUCACAAGCACACAUGUACAGUCUGUCACUCCUCACCUGCUGCUGGGCCCACUCAUGUUCAUGUCAUCACCAUCUGUCUGCCAGCAGUGUUGCGAGGGACAAAGGGAGAAAUUAAAGCUAUGUAAAAAAAAACAAUAUACAUACACACAUAUAUAUAUAUAUAUAUAUAUACAGUAUACACUGCCUGACCAGAAACAGUCACAUACUCUAAUCCUACAGGCUAAACCAAAUACUAUAUAUGUAUAGUUAGCUAGAUAUAGAUAGUUAUAUAUCUAUAUAUACAAAUACAAAACUAAAUGUUUACAUUUGUAUGUGACACAGUUUCUUUAAAUUAUUCACAAUUUCCAGUUAAUCCCCAUUUAUUCCCACAAUUCCCUUGGAAUUUUCCAAUUUAGAAAAUUUCCAAACUGAAGUUCCUAUGGGACGUUUCUGGAAAAAUUUCCCAAUCAUUUUCAACCCCUUUGCAAGCAUAGUGGAGACAUUGACAAAUGUUCAGAAAUUGCUAUUUAAUGAGCGAAUGAGCACAUAAAAAUCAAAAUCUGUAGCCUGUGACAUAAAAAUGGACGAUUUUCCAGAGCUCCCCGUCAAUGUCUCAAUGUAGACUUUCUAGGUAGCUUGUGUGCUAUUCAGGGAAGCUGAAUACUCUCCAGUAAUUCAAACCAUGCAUGUGCCCAAAAACUGAGACCAGCUGACUAAAUCUAAAUAUACUCAACUACCAGGUUUUUCAGGCAUAUUCCAGCUCAAAUGUUGCAGAAAUUGAUUCAGGAGCAUGAGUCAUCAUUGUCACUCAUGGAUUGGCCACCACCGAGUUCAGAUUUUAACCAAAUUAAUAAUCUUUGGCAUGGUCUCUCAAUCCUGGUCCUGGGGACACACUGCUCUGCAUGUUUGGGAUGUUUCUCUGUUCCAACACACUUAAUUCAAAUGAAUGGAUCCUUAUCAGGCCUUUGCAGUUCUUUGCCAUUCAAGUGUGUGACUUUUUAUUCAGGCAGUGUAUAAACUGUAGAACUAUCACUUUACAAAAAUGAUGUUUAAAUGAAUGUGUGUCUGAAGAAGUAUUUUUUUAAUUUAAUAUUAUUAUGUUGGGAUCUGGGGAUACACUCAACUUGUACUGUGUCUCAUUUUGACGUUGGCUUCACAAAUAAUCCCCUUGACGAAAACCACAGAAGUGUAGGAGGUCAUUCACUUCUCUCUGCAUGUGGGUUCCCACUCAUCUCCUGAUGUUUCCCAUUAACCUUCUCGCUCCCCUCUCAUUUCAGUUUUAGUCUUCUUUUUCUCUGUGCCACCAAAGUUGUUGUAUCUCUGGUUGUUUACUCCCAGAUAACUGCAGAGGUUGUCUUUACUGGUUUCACACAAGCAGAGAGCAGUGUUUUAUCUGGUGGACAGGUAACUUUCUGAGGUGGUGUGGGUGUCAGACUUCAGUUUAGAACCCCUUUGUCCUUCUUUACCAUGUAUUAUAAUUUGUUUGUGUGUGUGUGUGCGCGCACAAAAAAGUGGGGUUAUUUAAUAAUUGUGAGAGAUGUCUACAAAUUCACAGUCCUGGUGACACCAUUUCACUUAAGGAUUUGCACAUGAAUAACAUUUGUCUAUACAGUCAAUGUAGCUGAAGAAACAAUCGAAAUCUCAAGUUGAAAUAAUGGGAUUAGCAAAUUGUAAAGGCCACAAUUUACGAUACAUGAUAUGUAGCAUUUCUGACCCCAUAGUUUAUACUUUGGUUUUAGCCGUUUAAUUAAUGGUAAUUCAUACAUUUAUGUUGUUCACACAGGUCCUUGAAAUCCUUGAAAGUUUACUACUAGCAGUGUUGUGGGCACUGUACACUGUCUAACUCUGCCGAUGACAUGAAAAUGCAUGCAGAGCAAUGAGCAAGUAAUGUUUAGCAAGAGAGAGCAAAUUAUGUGAUGCCUGGGAAAUGCAAAUUCCAAGACCUCUGCGUCACUGUAGAAAAUCUCAAAGACUGGCUCAACCAAGAUCCCAAGGACAAUCUCUUGGCCAGAUGCAGAUCUGCAAAUCAAUGAAAGUGGGUGCCAUGGGCAAAGAGGUUCUUACAAGUUGCCCUCCCAUCUUAAGCUGUGUCAGCAGCAUUUGGUCCUUGAAUUUCAGGGAAUUGGUCGUGGAAAGUCCGUUAACGAAAGAAAGAAAUGUUAACCGAGGUGUGGGAACCCUAAUUAAUGAAUGAAUAUAAAGGAGUUCAUGUUUUGAAUCUAUUACAACAUGCUUGUUGAACUAAAGCUCUACUUUGGAAAAAUGAUCAUGAAUCAUAUUGCAAUUUUGAUAUCAAAGUCUUUUCCCCAAAUCAUUCUGCCCUAAUUAGAAUUCCACUACGUGAUUAUGAGGCUACUUGAAUUUUCAAUCAGAGCCAAACAAUCCAAGUAUUUCAUUUCUAUUUAUUUUCUUAAGUACAAUGAUCGAGCACCAGUUAAAUCCACCUGUUUCUUCCCAUGGAUUUAUUUGCUUUAUGUGAAAAGUAUGAAAAGUGAAGGUAUGUCAAAAUUCACAUCCAAAUGACCAAAACUGUGUGUGUAGUUGUUAUCGGGGGUCAAAUUAAAUUUGAGCUGGGAAUUUACAAAUAUUUUUUUGAAUGACAGAGAUACAUAAACAGUUUCACUUUCUCCUCUAAGGAACGAUUAGCUCACACCAAACUCACUAACCUGAAUUCUCUACAAAAACUGUCAGUAAUCCUCUCAUUAGCUGCCUUUUUGUUUAGUUUUGCUGAAAGGCUGCAUCAUUUAUUAUUGAUGAGAUUAUUUUCCAUAGCGGGCAUAAAUUGGCCUCUGUGCAGCAGCAGGUGUAGAGAAGCAGACAUAACCAUGCAGUGAUGAGCCUCGCCCAUCCCUAAAGUAUGUCUAUACCAGAGGAAGAGGGUUGCAUAGCAACUGGCUCACAGCUAGGUGCUUCUUACACAUAGCUGGGCAAAAACUCAAAACAAUUAAACAAAGAACAGUUUGUGCAGACAUUUCUCUUGGUCUGGCGAGCAGAUUAUUGAAUCACCCCACUUAUAGCACUGUUUUUAUCAUUAUAUAGAGAUGAUGUGCAUGGCAAGGAUGCUCAGCAGAGACACACAAUGCAUUUCUGAUAUUUAGAGAUGUGUUUAUAUUUUAUUUAGACAAUUCAUUUCCUAUUUGAAAGAUGGUGGGAUAAGACUGUCAUCAGUGUGAGGACCUGUUGCGGUGGGAGGAGCAACAUUUGGAGCAACAUGGCCACUGCUCCAGGACAAUACAGAUGAGGGCGCGUGUACAAACCACUGACUGACGGCCGCCUGGUUCACAGCUCCGCGAUCACG